AUGCUCAUUACAAUUUCACUGUUGUUGCCGCCUGCCAACAGUUUAAGUGCCAGCCUUUGCUAUUCCUCACUACCUGUCUACCACCACUCGUUAGCGAAUUCUCUCAUCGUGCACCCUUCCCUAAAAUUCAUGUUGUCCCGAUUCGCCGCCUUCUGGAGUCCGUCUAUGUCGGAGUCUAAGGCCACAACAACGUCCGGCAAGCCCAAAACCUCUAUUAGUCACUCUGCUACCGCUCUCAAGACAUUGCGAACCAUUGGCAACCUGAGCCGAGCAGAAACCCUUCGUGAUGCCGCAACAGAGGUGACGGCAGUAUUGGAGACUUUGAUCACUACGAAACAUAUCGACCAUGACUUCCAACAGCUCGGUCAAGAGAUAUGCGGACUCAUAAUCAUUAUUGCGACGGAAUAUGAAGAGACCCCCGCGUCUCAAGACCUUCAGGUUAGCAUCGGGGAGAUUAGUCGACAUAUCGCCAGUUUAAAGACUUUAUGUCGCAAGUACUCUCACUAUCCCCGCUGGAAGACGUUCCCACGUCGGCGAUAUGGUAGAGGGAGAGUAGCUGAGCUAAGAUCAGGUGUUGCAGAUAUUGCCCACAGGGUGUCCGGCAAGAAUAAACUCGAAGCUCUAGACACCCUGGAACUAUGGAACGAGGAGAAUGCAGCGGCAAUGAAACAUUUGGAAGAACUAAUGACCUGGCUGCAGAAGACCGAAAGCAAAAACAACGAGCAGCCUUUUGUCCAGAACCUUUCCGUGAGCGACGAGCAGUCAAAGGACCAACCCGAAAUUCCAUCGAGCUCUACCCCUGCUCGCGGAAUUCUCAGGCCAACUGGAGACAACGUGCCAGCUCGCCCAGCAUCCGACGUUCCAGAAACACCCUACCCCACCCUCGAGUCUGCCGGAGGGGAGUGUGACACCGUUGCACCUUCGAUAAAUACGGAUAGCGCCAAAUUAGAGUUGGAACUCCCCAAGACCAACAUAGAGCCCUUCGUUCCCACUCCAAGCCCAAUUCGCCUGAAAGCAAACCACCAGAGGUUUACGUCGACAGAGCUUUCUCCGACACAAUUAUCCACAACUCCUCGGUCAUCAGUAAUUCGUACAACUACAACGGCCGUAAUGCAGGAGCAGAAAACCAGCCGAUUAUCACUCAGACGUGGAAGGACUCUACGUUCAUCGAUUCUCAGGUCGUCAGCAAUUCCGGCUCCGGCAACGACUUUAGCCAUCUCUGGGAUCCAACUAUGGACGUCGACUUCAGCGCUGCAGCAACCACUCCCAUGUGGUAUCCUGGUUUCGUCUAUCCAGCGCCGUAUAUAUGCCCAGUCCCGCAGAUGGUAUGUAUCCAACCUCCAGCUCUUCCCGCACAUCGACGGCCAAGAAUCUUUUCAAUCCAAUAUAACCCGACGAGAGCUCGAAAACCUCGUCUCCUCGCAAGUUGGUAUUCACUCAGCUUAG